AUGGUUCUGAGGAAAAAACUGAGUUGCUUAUGGACGUUAGGUCUCUGUCUGGUAGCCAGUAAAUCGUCUACUAAAGUCCCCUCUAUCGAAGACCAGAGUUUUAAAGACCAGUGCAUCAAGGCUCAUAACGAAAUGCGUAGCAAAGUCUGGCCCCCCGCGGCUGACGUGAAAUACAUGACUUGGGAUGAUGGUUUAGCGAAGGUUGCUAAAGCGUGGGCAAACAAGUGCAGAUUCGAACACAACUCCUGUUUAUCAAUAUCAUACAGAUGCCAUCCAACUUUUCAAUUUGUUGGAGAAAAUAUCUGGUUAGGUGGAUUAAGCAUAUUUUCACCAAAAUUUACUGUUGUUGCUUGGUUUAAUGAAACUGAAUUUUAUGAUUAUAAUACCCUAUCAUGUUCCAAAGCUUGUGGCCAUUAUACACAGGUAGUUUGGGCCAAUUCAUAUAAAGUUGGUUGUGCAGUAACAAUGUGUCCUAAACUUGGGGGAUUUGAAACUGCAAUAUUCAUAUGCAACUAUGGACCUUCAGGAAAUUUUCCAAAUAAGCCCCCUUACACUAAAGGAGUAGCCUGCUCUUUGUGUGCAGAAGAAGAAACUUGCAAAGAGAAUCUCUGCCUUUUACUUAAUGAGGACUUUUCUGCCAUGAGUUUCUCCAUCCCAAGAUUCAAGCAGUUAUCGACAAUGGGUUUCCAAGAAAGCACCGCACAAGCUGCAAAGGUAAUAAAGAACGUGAUAAACCGGAAAAUUGUCAUUUUAGUUACAGUAGACUUAAAGAACAUUUCAGAUAUUAAAUAUUUUCCUUAUAUUCCAGUGGUUUCCUUUAAGAAUAUCAUCAACAUUAUUCAGAAACAAAAUGUUAUUGAGGAAAGUUUCAGAUAG